CAGCGGCACCAGCAGCUGACUGUCAAGAUGCCGGCCAACAAGCGGGACACUCUGGCUGUCAAGUUCAGACAAAACUGGAUGAACAAGUACCCAUUGGAUACAUGCAGCAAUGGGGGACUUAAUCUGGACGAUAGCCUCACUAGUCUUAACUGGUUGCAGAAUCUCAACAUCAUGAAAAUCACGACACCCACCCCACCCCCAAGUCCUGGUCCAGCACCUAUAUUGAUGACAGAGAGCAACAACAACAAUAACUUCAAAAAUCUAAAAGUGAAUCCCAAUGCAGUGCUCAAUGUAUCCUGUGCACCACCGCAAUGCAAAUUAGAGACCAAGUUUCACCUUACAGACUCCGCCCCAUCCACACCCACUUCCCUGGGUGGGGACACAAUUGACUACAAAACAAAUCCGUAUGUAAAACCACCAUACUCCUAUGCUACUCUCAUUUGUAUGGCCAUGAAGGAGACCAAGAAAAGCAAAAUCACACUGUCAGCAAUUUACAACUGGAUCACAGACAACUUCAUGUACUACAGAUUAGCAGAUCCAAGCUGGCAGAAUUCCAUCCGACACAAUUUGUCCUUGAAUAAAUGUUUCCAAAAAGUGCCACGAAGAAAGGAUGAGCCUGGAAAGGGAGGUUUCUGGAGAAUCAACCCAGAUUACAAUGACAUGAUUGAAAAUGGCAUUUUCAAAAAGCGAAGGAACAGUCGGGAUGCUGCCUGUCCUCCCCCUCUCAAAAAAGUGAAGCGAGAGGAUGAUGAUAGCUUGUCUAGCUGUAACAGUCUUGUCAACUUCAGUAAAGCUUCUAGAAAAGGUGGACAAAAUGGACUCAGUAUUCUGUUUCCGGGUCAGGAGGAUGAUUCCCUCAAAGGAGAUUUCAACUGGACUUCUAUAUUAAAUCAAGAUAUAGAGAUUGGUGGUGUACGAGUGAAAACUGAGGAUUUAUUAGACAAUACAAGUGAACAGGAUCUUAGUCCAUCUGCAGCAAUGAGUCCUCCAUCAUCAGAGGCUAACUCUGAUGACUUUAGUAUAGAAGACUUGUUUGGUCAAGCUGACCUAAGUUCAGAUGUUCCACUUGAUUUCACUACAGAAAACCCAUUAGAUCUCACAGUUACAGGACAACCUAUUAAAGCUCCUCAGUGGUGGGAGGAGAGUUUUAACCUCAGUGACCAUCAAGGUGCAUUAAAAGCAGCAGCUGAAGCCAGUAGUGGUCUUCAUACACCUAUCCACAAUACCCCCUCGCCAGUUUCAAUCAAGGAUGACUUGGAUGAUGACCUAGCACAUCCAUGGGCAGAAUCAGGGGGUUUUGCAGACAUUGGCGAGGCCUUUGAUGUAGACAAUUUGUUUGACAUUGGAAACAUCCCUAGUCCACGUGUAAAUUAUCAGGAAUGAUGUUUGAUUAAACUGGCCAGAUUUGGGACAUUUUAGUGCAUAUUUGCCCACAGUCUCCUCAUUAUGGGAAAAAUGGAGUUAAAUAUGACAUGUAAUAAAUUGUUUGACCUGAGGAACAGAAUGUCUGUCAGGUCACACUGAGGCAGUACUG